AUGCCAAAGCCACACAAUCCCUGUUUAGAUUGUGCUAUAAACAGCUCCGCGGCCCUCUCAUCAGCAAAUAAUAAUCAUUCGACGACAGCUGGCACCCAAAAAACAGAAAGCCAAGCACAAAGAUACCCACAAGUCCACCCGCUGGCAGAAGGAGCCGCGCUAAGCGGCCCUCCUCAUGCCCUUCAGGGCGGCUUCUCCCUGCACUCUGGAGCACCUCAAAGCUCCUCAGCUAGCAGUAAUGGCAUUUUCAACUCCGCAGCACAGCCAAAGAGACCUUGGGAAUGGCAUUGCCUAGGGAAGCAGCCGAAAGAUAUCAAUGGAAAACAGAGACGGCUCGUCUUGCGCGCAACCCUGCCAAUUCAUUGGCAGCAACCACAGGAACAGCAGGGGGAGCAAGACCAGAACCAGCGAGGGCAGCAAUAUCAGCAACACCGGCACCAGCAUCAAACCCAGCUGCACCGCCAGCACAACCAAUUGCAAUGCCAAAAUAUGCACCUACAGCAGCAGCACCAGCAAGAGGACCAAAUGAAGCACAACCAUGGCCAUGUGCACUUUCAGAGCCCUUCGGUAAGUUCUGAAAAGUUUGUUGAACCCUGUCAAUCAAAUAGCUGCCCCAAUCGUGCGCUUGAUCCGACAAACACGAUCCCUGAUAAACUCUUCCUUCUUGACGGCAACAGCAACACUAGCGGCAGCAACAGCACUGGCUGGUGCCUUGACGGCAGUGCACACGCCGCUUCUGUUCCUCGGCAUGGCGCUGUUGUUCCAAACUUCCCGAUUUGUCCUCAACCCCCAAAGCACCACAUUGCCACUGACAACGCCAAUCCUCCGUGCAGCUGGGUGUCUGUGCCUGCGCUGGACGGUGGUGCACCCCCAUUAUAUCGUGAGAAGCCUCUGAAGCAGCAGCGAUGUGCUUCAGAAGCACCACUGGGCGCGGCCUCCAACUGUAGCAUUCUUCCCAACCAGAACGCGUUGUACACAGCAAAAGCGGCUGCACGGACAGUAACAAAGGAAAGGGGACUAGACGCGAACAGCAACAUCAGCAACCCUCGCCCUCUCCUGCUACAGCACGGAACGCUGUUUGGGGCCCUGUCCCCAGAACAGACAAAAGUCGUCAACGCACCCCCGCAGUCCAGUGUAUGUGUCCUUGCAGGUCCUGGGGCAGGCAAAACAAGCACAAUAACAGCGCGCAUAGUGGGUCUGUUGCUGCAAGGUUGUCGGCCUUUGGCUGCUUUGACCUUUACCAAAAAGAGCGCCACAGAGCUCGAGCGCCGAAUCCGCGGAGGCAUCGAAGGUGUGCUUAAGGACCAGUGCGCAUCGUCGUUCACCUCCAGAGCGAAUGCGGAUGUGAGUAGAAUCGGUGAGAGCGAUCUGUUCGUAGGGACAUUUCACUCCUUCUUCGUAAGGAUUCUUAAGAGCUACGGAGGCUACAUAGGGGUGCCGGGAGACUUCCGCGUUCUCAACCAGCUCCAGCAGCUAUCUAUACUCCGGAAUCUCAUUGACAACGAAAAACGGGCUGAGGCACUGCGCGCUGGAAGCUCAGGGGCUAAAGGAAUAAGUGCGGCGUUGCGCAGCAGUCCAGAAGUUCCUGAACUGUCCAGCGAGGAGGAUAACGCCUGCUCAGAGGAGGAGGGGGAGGCCCAGGGCUUGGGCUUCCAAAGCAUGGACAGCACCGCCUUCAGUUCUUCCACCAGCAAGGAGGCGGAGGAGCUCCGGAAGAGAAUCCGCAGUAUGAAGUUCAUUCCUGAGCUGCUGGAGCGGGAACGGAUGGCUAAUUCGGUGCUCUUCCGCCUGUUCCGCCUUUACGACAAACACCUCAGGGACCAGAAGCCGCCCCUCCUCGACUUCACUGAUUUAACCGUUAAGGUGCUUAAGCUGCUAGAAGGGCCGGCAACGCGAGCCGAGUUGGGCGCGCAGUGGCCUUACCUGGUCGUCGACGAGUUCCAAGACACCAACAGCAACCAGUUCAAGUUCAUCUGUCUUCUGGCCUUGCAAAGGCCUCCAAACACACAGACGACCUUUAGUGCAGGCGGGGUUGCUGCCCUAUCCAACUGUGCGGGGAGGCGAGGAGGCGUUACCGUCGUAGGAGAUGACGACCAGUCUAUUUAUAAGUGGAGGGGCACACAUACAGGGAUAUUCCACGAAUUCAAACGCAAUUUCCCGGACUACCAAGAGUUUUUUCUGGCUUGCAAUUACCGGUCCGUGCCCGCAGUGGGCAGUGCCAAUAUUUGUGUGAGAGGGGAAAACCCGGGUUCGGGAGUAAGCGGUGCAGGGAUAUGCGACAAUAAGGGGCCAGCUGGCGGCCACGUGCAUGGGGCAUUUCUUCCGUCUCACAGUUUGGAGGCGCAGUACAUCUUAAGGUAUAUUCUCUGUCUGAAGCAGCACCACAGCUUGCGGUGGGAUGACUUUGCAAUUCUUUGCCGCACCAACAGCGCCUUGUUGGACAUACAGAACCUCUUGAUGAACCCCCGCAUACAACGGGCUGCAUGCUCCGCCUCUUCGCCCUUUUCCACAAACUCAGUAAAUGACAACUCGGAAAGCAGCAGGGACAACUUAGGACCCGGCGACCCCAAUAGACCUAUCGACCCUGCGGUGUUGUUUCCAGCAGUAGACUUGGCGGAUCUGGAGUUGCCUGCUGGGGGACUACCUCUAAGCAGCACAAGUUCAAAGAGGAAUGGAGGGGCAGAGAUCUUCUUGCGUCCAGAUGUCCUUGACCUUCUCUCCUAUCUUCGUUUGGCAGUCGACCCGGACCACGACGCUUCGUUCAUUCGCGUGCUGAACAGGCCACCACGGCGGGUGGGGGCAAAGACCCUUUUGGCUCUAAAACGCGUCCAGAACGCAUCCGGGAACCAUUCAACUAGCGAACCAGACAACUGCCGCAACAUAGUUGAAAUGCCUUGGCAAAACGUUCCUUGGUCUCGAGGCAAUCAAAGGCUGCCCAGGGAAACUCCGUUGCGUGUUUCUUUGUUUCAUGCCCUGUGCCACGUGCUGCGUUGCGCUGGGAUACAAGGAGUUCAGGAGCUGUUCCCGGUAGAAUCUGCGCAUGCAGAUGCAGUGGCAGCAGCUGAGGUAGCACGACUGCGUACAAAUCAGGUGGAGUCUUUGGCCUCGUUUGUUAAGUCUAUCAACAGACUUCGCUCCAUGUCAGGCUCAGCUGUUUCCGUCAAGGCAUUGCUGGAGGUCUUGCUCGGCCCUCUAGGGAUGGGGGAGUUCUUUGCCCGUCGAAGACUUGCGCAACGGUCGCGCCGUGGGGAACUCCCAGAUAGCGGAGAGGCGGCUGGCACAGCUGAUUCUGUCAAUCCUCGGCAGCAGGAUCAUGGAACGCCUGCUGCUGCUACUCCGGAAUGCAGCAAACCACGUCAUAGCAAAAGGAAAGCAGCGGCAGCAGAUGACAUCCAGCCUCUUGGGGACAUCAAAGGAGCAGAUAUCCAAAAAGAAGGCUCCAUACGGGAAUUGUCCAAGUUGUACGGAUCGGAAGUGUUCGCAGAUGUUCUCGGCUUCCUUCGAGCUGUAGAGGCGUACUCACCCAACCGGCAACAGGCAACGGCAGGCGAUUGCAUCAUCAGACUGUUGCGAGAUGCUGAUGCAGGGCGGUUUUUACAGCAAAGUAUCACAAAUGCUAUUACGCUCUCUACUAUUCAUCAAGCCAAAGGCCUGGAGUGGCAGGUCGUCAUAGUUGCAAGAGCGAACGAAGGGACGUUGCCGAUGGGGCUAGGUGGCAGCCAGCCGCUGGCGGACUUUGUGGGUCGUUUAAUUUCAAAUUUCGCUGAGAAACCGCCAAAGCCUGAAGCGCUGCGUCAGGCGGAAGCAACCAUAGUGCGGCAAGCCUCAGGAAAUGAACAGCAUUUUCACCUCAUGGAAGAGCGCCGCGUUUGUUACGUGGCGCUGACCCGGGCUAGACGGUUUCUGCUCCUGACGGCUCCCUUAGCAGAUAAGGCAAAUCAUCCCCUAAACCCCUCCCGUUUCUUUAAGGAGGCGGGUCUGGUGUCGCAGCGGCAGCCGCAGCCGCCUGUGCCGACAGUGCCGACAUGGGCUAAUUCUAAGACUGACGGAUACCAUAUUGCUGAAAUACCGUAA